CUCCCGUUCGCUUAGUCCGCGGCCUGAAGUGGGUUGGUGAGCUGCUGCUUCGUGCCAGGGUGGGGCAUUUCGGGUGUAAAUUCUCGUUCUCUUUUCUGUGCUCCCCAAGUUUGUUUGCACCAUUCAGUGAUUGUGUGUGUGUGUGUGUUUGUUUUCAUCUCUGUCUCUCUCUCGGUCUUCCCAGGUACAAGACUGUGACUUUGUGCACGAGUCAAAUGCUAGCAGCACCAGCACCAUGGCCUCAUCCAGUCCGUCUCCCCAGCAGCAGUUCUGCCUGCGAUGGAACAAUCACCAGUCUGCCCUCGUCUCAGUGUUUGACCACUUGCUCCAGAGUGAGGCCUUCGUCGAUGUUACUUUGGCAGUGGAGGGUCUACUCCUCCGAGCCCACAAAUUAGUGCUCUCCGCCUGCAGCCCCUAUUUCCAGGCUAUGUUUGCAUCCCAUCCGGCCAAACACCCAAUCAUCAUUCUCAAGGAUGUCCGCUACAAUGACCUGCGAGCACUUUUGGAUUUCAUGUACAAAGGAGAGGUGGCUGUGGAUCAGGAUCGCCUACCAGCCUUCCUUCGAUUAGCCGAAAGCCUUAAGAUUCGCGGGCUGGCCGAAUUCUGUGAGGAAAGUCUCUCCCAAGCCACUUCGCAGCCGCCCAUCUUCGAUUCGCUGUUGGAUUCGCAAAAGAGGAGCUACCCUUCGUCAGGGUCUUCGGCUCUCCAGCAACAACAACAGCAGCAGCAACAACAGCAGCAGCAGCAGCAGAAUUCUGCUCCUGCUCCUUUGACGGCCGUGGAACUUUUGCCCGUUUCCAAUCAGAGACCGCCAAUCGAUUUCAGCGUGCCGGCUAUGGCCAGCAUGUUCGGCUCGCCAAUUCCCAUAACGUCGGUGCGCAGUAGUAGUAGCCUGAGCAGUUCCACCAAACGGCCUUCCAGCCCUCAAACUUAUGCUCAUCACAGGAGGAAGAGGGGCAGACCGCCUCGUCAAUCUUACUCGGAUUCGGCUGGGAUAUUAAACAAUGUUGUUGGAUUGAAAUCAAACUCGAGUAAGGACAUUCGAGGCUCUAGCCCUGAAGUUAUGGAAAUGAACGUCGAUCUUCUCUCCAUGGGCGUCUCGAACAACGGCCCCGACACUGCUCUCAACCCUCAUGCACCGACCAAUUCUAACGCUCACGAUUCUUCCUCCACGGCUCAAGACGAUCACAUCAAAGGGGCGUCGUCGUCGCGAAAUUCCAGUCCCGUCAACAACACCUCGAUAGCGAAACUCGAACCUUCAUCUCUGCUGGAACCCGACACGCGACCAGACGGCUUAGAACCUCAAGCUGGACCAUCGCAGGAAAGCGAAUUUGACAGUAGCAGACGCGGUGGAAAAUCAGGGAAGGGUAACCGGAGAGCCCGCGGACGGCCGAGAGGUUACGGUCGCAACGCCAAUUCGCUUGACCGUUCGCUAAUGUCUGCCGACUCGUUGGACGACCUGGCCGGCCCGUCUCAGAGGGAAGGCUCUAGCACUCCGGAUCGGACGCUCCUGGGCGGCUCCAACAACAGCAAUUCCAACAACACGGAGCAGCUGCAGGAGAUGUCGAUCCGGGGCUUGAAUCUCUUCCGCUACGCUUCCGUCUCGGAGGAGGGCAUGUACCGCUGCAUCCCCUGCGAGAAGGAGCACGUGACGCGGACGUUCAAGAACAAGUACAGCUUCCAGCGGCACGCCUACCUCUACCACGAAGGCAACCAGCGCAAGGUCUUUCCGUGCCUGGUGUGCGGACGCGAGUUUUCCCGGCCCGACAAACUCAAGCACCACCUCAAGACCGUUCACGACUACGCCGUGCCCCGCGAGUACAGCAACGCCUACUACUCCCUGCCCUAGUAUUCGUCACGGCUUCCACUUCUCGUCACUGCUGCAACUACUCUCGCCUGCUGAUUGCUGAUCGCCCGGCCAACAAGCUGCUUCUUAGGUAACAGCAGGGGAAAAACAAAACAAAAUAAGCAAAAAUUCCUCUUUCCUUUUUCUCUAUCUCUCACCUAUUUCGCCUCCUCCGUCAGAGUUCCAAAAAACAAAACAAAUCCAAAGUGCUUCGUUCAUUCAUCAAAUAAUGUCUCGCUCGCACUCCUCUUUUAUUGACAAACAAACAACAAAUCAUCUGUUAUCGAGCAUAGUUUAAUAUUUCUCACCUCGCCGUAUGUUUUUCUCUCUCCAUCACCUGCAAAUUUUUCAUCCAUCCCAUUUUUUGACAACUACCGGUGCCAAUAGUUCAUCAAAACUUUUUUUUUUUUUUAAAUUUUAAAAUGAAGACAACCAAAAUCCAUAUCCGCUCAGCUCCUCCUCCUCCUCCUCCACUACUUCCUCCUCCCCUCCCCCUCCUUGUUCCUUCUCUAUGCGGGAGGAAAAGGGUGGGGGGGAGGAGGGGGUCCAACAAAACAAUUGAGAAAAAACACAACUACCUUUUUCGCACCGCCACUGCCUGAAGAAGUGGAAGCAAUGUUGAGAAUCUUAUUCGUUUUUUAUUAUUGACAGUUAUUUUUGAAUUAAUUUUCCGUCGUGCAUAUCCCCCCUCCUUCAUUCAUUCUUUCGCUUCCUCUGAGGAGAAGAAGAAGAAGAAGAGGAUGAAGGAGGAGUAGUAUCGGGUCUCGGGAAUGAAACGCGGGAUAUAUCCAACGCCAAAAGCCAACAAUUUCGGAGUAAAAACAACCCGAUCUAAGAAGCGAUCAGGUUGACAGUUUUUUUUUUAUUUCUUUUUUAUGAAUUCUAUAUAACAUACAAAGGGUGGGAAGGAAAAAUGUAUCCCCCUUAUGAUUCUUAAGUAUAUCAAAUAAUGUUUUUUAGGUUUUUUUUUUUAAAUAUAUUGUGGGAUCCCUGGUCUCUCCCCCCCCCCAUUCUUUUAAUUCGCGUGCGCUGGCAAAAUCAGAAACUAACUUUAUUAUAAAUAUAUAUACCACCAACCCACAGACACACACACACGCUUUAAAGAAAUUGCGACAUUGCUGCUGGCCUUGUCGACCCCUCUCCCCCCUCCCCAUAUAGUUCAAUUGUUACAAGGAAGAAAGCGGUGAAGAUUCCCGGUGAUGGAUUGUUUUUGAAAUUUGGCGGGUCUCUGGGAAUUGAAAAAAUUUAAUUCGUUUUGUUGUUGUUGUCUUUACACGACUUCCCAGAGCUCAAAUUCAAAGCGUCCAAUGGCGAUUCUUUGUUAUUGUUGUAUCGUUGUAUUUUUUUUUUCAACUACUACUGCUAGUACUACUACUACUACUUCUUAUUUCUGCAUAGGCCUUUAUUGCGCACGAGAAAGAGGAAACAAAAAAAAAGUAACGGAGAACGGAAGAAAAAUAUUUCAAAAAAUUUUUGUUUCGCGCUCCAAAAUUUUUACCCCCUCCAAAAAGGAAAGAAAAACAGAACUCUCCCCCCUUGUUGUACGUAUUCUUUAAUUUUUUUGCGUGUGUGAACGUGAGCGUGAAAGUCUUUGACACGUUUAAGGUUGUGCUCUCCAGACAAAGAAAACACAAAAAAAGGGAAAAAAUACUAGUAACAAUUUUUUUUCGUUGGGUCUGUUGUUGUUUGUUGUUAUGUUUUUGUCGCGAUCUAGUAUAAAGGAAAAAUAAGAAAACUUUUUUAAAGAGGGAAAAAUUCCCCCAUCUAAUCCCCCCUUUUUAAAUAAAAAAAAACCUUUAAAGGUUUACAAAAAAAUUCAAAUUUUCGUAAAAAGAAAAGAAUUAAUAAGAAUAAUAAUAUUAAUGAUAGAAGAGAAUGGUGUAAUUUUGUUUUUGUUUUUUUCUCUCCAAAAUUUUGUUUGGUUGAUUUCGGUAGCAUGUGCGUGAGUUGUUGAUAUACAACCUCCCCCACCACCGGCGAUUCGGAAACCCAGUGAAGCCAAUCCAUUUAAUGGAUUUCCAAAGUACAGUACACAGUGUAGUAAAGAAAUUAGAUCGUUAAGAAGAAAAAGAGAAUUUGUUUCGCAUUUUUUUUUAUUCGCCGGUCAGAAAUUACAGAAAUUUAUUAUUAUAUUAUAUACAGUACAGUUUCUAUUCAGCGCGAAAUUUAAAAAACUUUCAUUCAAACUCCUCCGCAAGAAGGACCCCCAAGUUCAAAACUCUCCUCCUCCUCCUCCAUCUUUUUUAAUAAAGAUUUAAAAAGAAAAAAUAAGAUUUUAGGCAAAAAUUUCAAUUCAAAUUCAAGAAAAAAACGAAACGUGUUCAGAGCUCAUCUCUCCUCCACUCUUCUCCGUCUCUGUCUCGCUCUCCGAUGCCAGUGUGUGUUUGCGUGCGUGCGUGUGUGUGUGUGUUAAAAACAAAAAUUUUUUUUUCUCUUGUAUCUAUCUACAUGCGUCUCGUUUUUCUGAUUUUUAUACGCGGGAGCAACCGAUGUGUAACCAAAAACUGCCUUUUUGUCCUCUUGUCUGUUUGUACGGUUUUUUUUUUUCUUAUAUACAUAUAAAUAUUUUUUUUUUCUAUCCUCCUCCCGACCACACACACAAAGCAGCUUCUUACCUCAGAUCCUGAUGUUUUUUUAAUUUUAAUUUUUUCUCCUUUUACCGCAAAUAUUCGUACGAUAGCGCGUUUUUAUCAAGUUUUCCCCUUUUUUUUUUGUUUAAAUUUUUAUAUAAUAAUAAUUACCUUUCUAGUAAAGUUGAAAAAAGACAAAAAGAAGGAUAUAUAUAUAAAUGAAUAUAUAUAAACUAUUCAAAAGCACCUGCCCGUUAAAUAUUAAAAAUAAAAAAACCUUCCCUCCCGUUUUAUUUUACCCUUCACCACCACCAGCCACCAAUCCUUCCUGAUUCCAAAUGCGUUUUUAGGACCGAAACGGUACAUUAAUAUUAAUAAUUUUUUUUUGAGUUUAGUACAUCUUGUUAUCGUUUGAUUUGCCGUUAUAACACAACACCCAUUCUACGCACCUGUCUUGUUAUCCCGUUUUCCCCCUCCCCCCCAUUUUUUUUGUAUUUGUGAAAAACCAAAAAUUUAUAUACUGGGUUGGGUCUUUA